ACAAUUUACUUUACCAACCCCAAUCUUCUCAUGCGGGAGAGAUCAUUCGGACCACGCUCGGCUUGCUUUUUUCCUUCCAUCGAUUACCUCCUCUUUCAUCAUCACCACCGCCACCAUCACCACCACCACCACUGCCAUCAUCAUUCAUGUACCUUCAUCCCCCCUUCUCCGGAAUGAUGAAUUCUUCCUUCUCAAGAAACGCACCCCCAAUCAUGUCAUCUCUAGUUCUGCUACUCAGCCUCUUUAUCUCCUCCUUCCUCCCCGCCCCCUCUCCUUCACCACCCACCCGAAAUACUAUUAACCCUAAUGGCAUUCUUCCCCAUCCUCUUUUUCUUCUCACUCCUCCCCUUCACAUCCUCCGAACCCCUACCAGGCUUCCUCAGCCUCUCCUGCGGCGGUUCCACCCCUUUCACCGAUUCCUUCAACCUCUCCUGGGUACCCGACUCUCCCUACAUCAACCUCGGACGCGCUGUCCCCUCGCUUCCGCUCCGCUUCUUCGCCGAACCCUACUCUGCCCGCAAUUGCUACCGCCUCGCUGUCGGAAACCUCUCUCUCGCUCUCAUUAGGACCUCCUUCACUUACAACAACUACGACGGUAAGAGGAGCCCACCUGCCUUCGCCGUCUCACUCGGUUCCGCCAUGUCUGCAGUCGUCAACCUCUCCCACUCUGAUCCCUGGGUGGAGGAGUUUGUGUGGAACGUCGUCGGUGAGACGCUUGCCUUCUGCUUGAUACCCAUUCCCGGUGCAGGAUUCCCGGUUAUCUCCUCGCUCGAGGUGCGGCCGCUUCCGGCUGGAGCUUACGGGGCCGGCUCUGAGGAGCUUAGGGAUAGUUUACUGAGGAAGAGAUAUAGAAUCAACUGUGGUUAUCAAGAUAAAGGUCCUCUCAGGUAUCCAUUUGAUUACUAUGAUCGGAUCUGGGAUGAGGACCAGAAGUUCCACCCUUCCCGUUUAUCUGGUGCGUUCUAUAUGCCUCUUGCACUUAAAAUUUCAUGGCUCAAAGAGAAUCCUCCACUUGCCGUUCUUCAGACCGCGAGGGUUCUGGCUAGAAGGAAUAUUCUGAGCUACCGAUUUCCCCUUGAGAACCUUGGAAACUAUUAUGUGGUUAUCUACUUUGCUGGUGUAUUGCCUGUGUCUUCCAUAUUUGAUGUUCUGGUUAAUGGCAAUGUUGUGAAGUUGGAUUACCAUGUGAGGCAUGCGGAGGUGAGUUCUAUAGUUUAUUUGGCAAAGGCCGUCGACAAGGUCAAGGUUUCGUUUAGGAACGUCAGUUUUUAUCCACAAGUGAAUGGCUUUGAAAUAUAUGAAGUGGUUAAAAUCCCUCCCGAAUGCUCCGCAACUACAGUUUCUGCGCUUCAGGUUAUACAACAGUCAACUGGAUUUGACCUAGGAUGGGAAGAUGACCCGUGCUCUCCCACUACUUGGAGUCAUAUUGGUUGCAAUGGAAAUCUGGUGACUUCACUGGAGCUGUCUGACGUGGAUUUGCGGAUUAUCAGUCCAACAUUUGGAGAUCUGCUCAACCUUAAAAAACUAGAUUUACACAAUACAUCACUUGCUGGGGAGAUCAUGAACUUGGGCAGUCUACAAGAACUCGAAGUAUUGAAUCUUAGCUUCAAUAUGUUAACUUCAUUUGGAUCUGAAUUUGGCACCAUGGUCAGCCUUAAAAUUUUGGACUUGCAAAACAAUAGUAUAGAAGGGUCAAUUCCUGAAAGUUUGGGAACUUUGAAGGACCUCCACUUUUUGAAUUUGGAAAAUAAUAAACUUCAUGGUGUUUUACCACAAUCUCUAAAUAAGAAAAGUCUGGAAAUCAGAACUUCAGGAAAUUUGUGCCUAGCGUUCUCUGUCUCAUCAUGCGAUGGACUUAAAAAUCAUACUUCAAUUGAAACUCCGCAGUUUACAGUCAUAAGUAUGAAGAGGCCUUCUGGUCGCACCCACAAAACUAUCAUAAUUGGUGUUGUUGGAUGUUUCUGUUGUGCCCUUUUGCUUAUCACAAUUGUUUUAUUCAUUUUCUGGAAGAAGAGGGGGAGAAGGAAUGGAUUGUUAUCAAAAUCAUGGAUGACGAGGGAGAUAAAGAACUGGUGUACAGCCAACAUUUUCACUUACAAAGAAAUUAAGGCCGCAACAAACAAUUUUAAGGAUAUAAUAGGAACUGGGGGAUUUGGAUCCGUAUACCUUGGAAAGCUUUCUGAUGGGAAACUAGUGGCUGUUAAAGUACGGCUUGAUAAAACACAACUUGGAGCAGAUUCAUUCAUCAAUGAGGUUCAUGUUUUAUCGCGAAUUCGACAUCAAAAUCUUGUGUCCUUGGAAGGAUUUUGCUACGAAUCUAAGCAGCAGAUUCUUGUGUAUGAGUACCUUCCAAGUGGAUCUUUGGCUGAUAAUCUCUAUGGUUCAAACAGUAAAAAUGCAACACUCAAUUGGGCCCGUAGAUUGAAGAUUGCCAUAGAUGCGGCCAAAGGAUUGGAGCAUUUACACAAUGGAAGCAAUCCACGGAUCAUUCACCGAGAUAUAAAGUGUAGCAACAUUCUUUUAGAUCUGGAUAUGAAUGCAAAGGUUGCUGACUUUGGCCUAUCAAGGCAAAUUCCUCAACCUGAAAUAACUCAUAUAACCACUGCCAUCAAGGGAACCGCGGGAUAUCUUGACCCUGAGUAUUAUGCCACUCAACAGCUAACUGAGAAAAGUGAUGUCUACAGCUUUGGAGUUGUAUUAUUGGAGUUGAUUUGUGGACGUGAACCCUUGAGUCAUGCUGGUGCUCCUGAUACUUACAAUUUGGUGCUAUGGGCAAAGCCUUAUCUGCAAGCAGGCGCAUUGGAGAUUGUUGAUGAAAACUUGAAGGGUGGUUUUGACGUGGAAAGCAUGAAAAAGGUGGCUUCAAUUGCCGUAAAAUGUGUGGAGAGAGAAGCGGCACACAGACCAACAAUGUCUGAGGUUCUAAUUGAGUUGAAAGAGGCCUACAGUAUUCAGCUCACCUUCCUUUCAGCUGGAGGACUCUACUGAACUCUUCUUGGAUCUUGCAGCGCUUUUAGUUUAACGAGACUUCGACUUCGUUUGGAAUGGCUUUCUUACUGCUUCUUAAAUUAGCAUUCUAAUAUAAAAAUUUUAAUUUUUGUACUAAAAAAUUGCUUUUAGGAGCAUUAAGAAAAUCGUCUCAAACGAAGCCUUCAUCAUUGAAAGGUUUUACAUGCUUGACGGUGGAAAACAAUAUUAAAAAUAUUGUAAAAUUAGGGUUUGCAAUCUCUUUACCUUUCUUUUCCAUUACCUUGUGGAGGUACUCUUUUUCAUCCUAUAACUUCAAAUUUUUGACAUUCCUCUCAGUUAUUCAUUCGGGGCAAGUAGGUUUCAAAAAA